UUGAAAGUAAUUGUUGCGAACUUGUGACAACUCUCUAUUACUGUCGAGAAGGUAAGGGAGAGAAGAAAAAUGGCGCAUCGGCUGCUCCGAGAUCUUGAAGCCGAUGGCUGGGAGCGUUCCGACUUCCCUAUCAUCUGCGAAUCUUGCCUCGGUGACAAUCCAUAUGUUCGUAUGACUAAAGCAGAAUACGACAAGGAAUGUAAGAUCUGUACAAGGCCUUUUACAGUUUUCCGCUGGAGACCAGGUCGAGAUGCAAGAUAUAAGAAAACAGAGAUUUGCCAAACAUGCAGUAAAUUGAAAAAUGUAUGUCAAGUGUGUCUGUUGGAUCUUGAGUAUGGUUUGCCGGUCCAGGUUCGAGACACUGCUCUUAGCAUCAGCACUAAUGAUGCCAUUCCCAAGAGUGAUGUCAAUAGGGAAUAUUUUGCUGAGGAACAUGACCGCAAGGCUAGAGCUGGUUUGGAUUAUGAAUCCUCUUAUGGGAAGGUCCGGGCUAAUGAUACGAUUUUAAAGCUUCAGAGAACAACACCAUAUUAUAAAAGAAACAGAGCACAUGUUUGCAGUUUCUAUAUUAGAGGUGAAUGCACAAGAGGUGCUGAGUGUCCUUACCGGCAUGAGAUGCCCGUCGUCGGCGAACUAUCUCAGCAAAACAUUAAAGAUCGUUACUACGGAGUGAAUGAUCCAGUUGCAAUGAAGCUCCUGAACAAGGCUGGUGAAAUGCAGACACUUGAUCCUCCAGACGAUGAGAGCAUAAAGACUUUGUAUGUUGGUGGGCUUGAUGCCAGGAUUACUGAGCAAGACUUGAGGGAUAACUUUUAUGCCCAUGGUGAAAUUGAAUCCAUACGAAUGGUUCUCCAGCGAGCUUGUGCUUUUGUAACCUACACCACGCGGGAUGCUGCAGAGAAAGCUGCAGGAGAACUCUCAAACAAGCUUGUAGUGAAGGGUCUGAGGCUAAAGCUGAUGUGGGGUAGACCUCAACAACCCAAGCCUGAGAUUGAUGGUGCUGAACAAGCAAAGCAACAAGCUGCAGUGGCACAUAGUGGGAUGCUUCCCAGGGCUGUUAUAUCUCAACAGACUCAAUUUCAUCCUCCUGGCACAAGUCAGGAUCAGAUCCCUCCUCCAAUGUCUUAUUUUAAUAUUCCAGCCCCACCUCAGCAAGAUAGGGCCUUCUACCCAUCAAUGGAUCCCCAACGAAUGGGUGCCCUUGUCUCAUCGCAAGAUGGAUCUGGAUCCUCAAAUGGACCUUCAGGAUCAGGGGAAAACAAAACAGGCUCCGAGAAGCAGCCUCAAGCCCACCAACCAUAUGGUUACCAAGGUAUGCCACCUCCUCCUGGUCACUAUCAACAACCAUUCUACCCACCAUAUGGUGGUUAUAUGCCACCUCCUCCACAGUACCAGCAGUACCCUCCUCAGUACCACCACCACCACCACCACCAACCUGCAGUGGCUCCCCAACCUCCGCCAGCAUCCCACCACCCCCAGCCCCAGCAACCACCCCAGCCCCAGCAACAGCCUGUAUCAUCAGAGGUUUCUCAAAAGUAAGAUGUACUUUUUUGAUUCUCGGGAUUGUGCUUUCCCUUUUGGUAUUGUAUUUUGAACAUAUAAUCCCUUAUUACCAAAUCGUAAUCCUUGUCAUGAAAUUGUAUCAAUUUUCUCUAAUCCAAACCUGUGCUAGCUAGUUGUUUUGAGCCACAAGCAGCAUAGAAUGUUAAAUCUUCUCAGAAGGUUUUCCA